AUGCUGCAUUUGCUCGAGUAUCGGUUCGACCACCCGAAAGAUAAGCACGGUGACAUGAGCGUGCGCUCUGCUACUGGCCCCGACGUUCAUUUCAUGUGGGGAGAUUGCAUGCAAGAUUUGAAACCAGGACCAUUGUAUGGAACUUUGGAAAGCUCGGACGCAUAUCAGAAGCAUUUGUCAUCGUGGUUUGCCGAGCAUCAGGUGUGUGAGAGCAAAGACAGCGUUGUAGUGUUCUCGAUAGGCAUGUGCGAGAUCGACCGCAGCCCCUUUGACACAGCAGAGCGUUACGUAAUAGACGUGCUUCGUCGUGUGGCCCAGACCUGUCGCAGACCACAUCGGGUGAUAGUCGCGUCUGAAAUGGCAGUCCAUCAAGAAUACAAGUGUCCUUUUUCCGAAAACGGGAUGUCGAAUGAACGGAUCGUUAUGAUCAAUACCAUAGUGCAGAGGGAAGCGCAAAAACUUGGGCUGGAGUUUCUGGAUUUAUACAACAUCACCAGCUCGUAUUUUCCGAAUGACAGUCGGGAACCGCUUGCGCAUUAUUUUCACAAGAAGGAGGAUCAUAAGAAGCCAUCGUAUUUUGGCAAUAAAGCGUCUCGCCAAAUCGCCAAGAUAUUAUUGGCCUCUUUCCAGACAUGA